UGAACACGAGGCGCCGAGCAGAAACCUGGACCCCGAAGUCCAGACUCUCUGAGGGCGCAAACACUCACCGCCAGACCGCCGGGACCCUCCUGGACUCCCCGGGACUCCCGGGGACUGCGUAGUGAUCCUCCGGUACCCGCCGCUGCUCCGGCUCUGUUCGCCGGGUCGAGUCUCCUGCGAGGCCGAGGACUGCGCGCCUUCAGCCGGGGAGCUGAGCGUCAUGGCGGCGGGAGGCGGCGCGGUUCCGACUCAUGUCGGAGACGUUGAAGAGGACGCUUCACAGCUGCUGUUUCCCAAAGAGUUUGAGAAUGCGGAGACGCUGCUGAACUCGGAGGUCCACAUGUUGCUGGAACACAGGAAGCAGCAGAACGAGAGCGCCGAGGACGAGCAGGAGCUGUCCGAGGUCUUCAUGAAGACGCUGAACUACACGGCCCGCUUCAGCCGCUUUAAGAACCGCGAGACCAUCACCGCCGUGCGCAGUCUCCUGCUGCAGAAGAAGCUCCAUAAGUUUGAGUUGUCCAGUUUAGCAAAUCUGUGUCCUGAAGCUGCAGAGGAGGCCAAAGCCCUGAUCCCCAGUUUGGAAGGACGGUUUGAGGACGAGGAGCUGCAGCAGAUCCUGGACGACAUCCAGACCAAGAGGAGCUUCCAGUACUGAGACCAGGGCCAGGACUGGUGUCUGCAAGUCCUCCUGCUGGACCACCUCACCCUCAGUUCUGCCAGGACCCCCAUCAGCUCCAGAACCCUGUAGACUUUGUCUUGAAAGGAUAGUUGUUUUUCUAGUUGUGCUCUUAUUUUGGUGGUAUUGUUGUUGUUUACUGUUGUUAGCUAUCAGCUGUGCGGUCUGAGACAUGUGUGAGGACACACAGACAGACAUCAGGACGUCACCGAGUGUUUUUUUAAAGGUAUAUUUGUGUUUUUACAGAUUAGUGUCGCUGGUAGGAACCAGCUGAGACACAGACAGGAAGUUGGACAGUGAUGAGACACAGACAGGAAAUUGGACAGUGAUGAGAUGCAGACAGGAAGUUGAACAGUGAUGAGACACAGACAGGAAGUAGGACAGUGAUGAGACACAGACAGGAAGUUGGACAGUGAUGAGAUGCAGACAGGAAGUUGAACAGUGAUGAGACACAGUAAAAUGUUGGUCUGAUGAUGAAAAUAAAGACUGAUUUUGUUUAGAA